UAAAUAUCCCCUUUCUUUCUCCCUUACUGAUCAUUCCACAUUUCCACUACAUAUAAUUCCAAAAGAGAGAGAGAAACCACAAGUGUUCAAACAUAUAAAAGUAUGAUGUCUAGCCGUACUGUUGAUUUAUCGACUGAACAACUUUGCUACAUCCCUUGCAACUUGUGCAAUAUUGUUCUUACGGUGAGUGUGCCAUGCAGCAGGCUAUUGGAGACUGUAACCGUCCGAUGCGGUCACUGCACCAAUCUGUGGACCGUCAACAUGGCAACGGCCUUUCAAUCCCUCUCCUCAGAUCUUCAGAUGCCAAACUACAUAUCAGACAACAAUUAUAGGAUGGAAAUUGGUUCUUCUUCAAAAGACAAUAAUAACAAUAGAAUUGGGACAAGGCCAUUUCCGACUACCCAAAAAAGACUUGUUAAUCGACCCCCGGAGAAGAAGCAACGAUCACCUUCCGUGUAUAACCAAUUUAUAAAGGAAGAAAUUCAAAGGAUUAAGGCAAAUAAUCCAGACAUAAGCCAUAGAGAGGCAUUUAGUACUGCUGCAAAAAAUUGGGCACACUUCCCACGCAUCCAUUUUGGGUUGACGUUGGAUACCAACCAGGCAAAACUUGAUCAGGAUUCGUCAAAGCAUAAAAUGCAAAGGGCCUUUGUACUAAAUAAAUAGGUUGUGUUGAAUGAUGUAUGAAUUAUAAAGUAGCCGUGAGCAUUUUAUUGCUAUGUAUUUUCAGUUCAUGUAUUAUGUAUUUGACGGAAAUUUUGAACCGUUGUUCUAAUUUUCUUU